ACACGCCUUCCCCGACGAUCCCUAAUUCACGCGUCCACUCGCGCGCUGGUGCUUCGGACUCGUGCAGCGGCAAACCGUCGGUACGAGCGCGAGAUGUCUCGUUCACCCGCGUUCAUAUAGCGCCAAAAUCACCGCAGAGGACGGUUCCAUACAUCCGAAACCGUGGAUCAUAAUCCGCCCGAGGCUUGGGCUUCAUCCGGGAGCUUUAUCUGGUCCGAUUGAAGCGAAUCCAGACCUGUUUGGUUCAUAAUACGGCUGUCUUUGGCUUCUGUAUACAUGCUAAUACGGACAUUAUAUUGUUGAAUUUUCGGUUCACGCGAAGAUAAUCAUGGCGAGUGACUCUCCCGCGAGGGGUCUGGAUGAAAUCGACCUGUCUGCUUUGCGGGAUCCUGCUGGGAUAUUUGAGCUGGUGGAACUUGUUGGAAAUGGAACUUAUGGACAAGUGUACAAGGGGCGCCACGUCAAGACGGGCCAGCUCGCUGCUAUCAAGGUCAUGGAUGUCACAGGGGAUGAGGAAGAGGAGAUCAAAGCUGAGAUCAACAUGCUCAAAAAAUAUUCCCAUCAUCGAAACAUUGCCACCUACUACGGUGCCUUCAUCAAGAAGAAUCCACCCGGUGUGGAUGACCAACUCUGGUUGGUGAUGGAGUUUUGUGGUGCUGGUUCAGUGACAGACCUGAUCAAAAACACAAAAGGGAACUCUCUGAAGGAAGAGUGGACAGCAUACAUCUGCAGAGAGAUCCUCAGGGGCCUGACCCAUUUGCAUCAGCAUAAGGUCAUCCACCGUGAUAUCAAAGGUCAGAACGUUUUGCUCACCGAAAAUGCGGAGGUUAAACUAGUUGAUUUCGGCGUGAGCGCACAGUUGGACCGCACCGUUGGCAGAAGGAACACGUUUAUUGGCACGCCAUAUUGGAUGGCUCCAGAGGUUAUAGCCUGUGAUGAGAACCCUGAUGCCACUUAUGACUUUAAGAGCGACCUGUGGUCUUUAGGUAUUACGGCCAUUGAAAUGGCAGAAGGAGCCCCGCCACUGUGUGACAUGCAUCCCAUGCGUGCUCUCUUCCUCAUACCCAGAAACCCAGCGCCCCGACUCAAGUCCAAGAAAUGGUCCAAAAAGUUCCAGUCGUUUAUUGAGAGCUGUUUGUUGAAGAAUCACAAUCAGAGACCCAGUACUGAACAGCUCAUGAAACAUCCAUUCAUCAAAGACCUCCCCAAUGAGAGACAGGUCCGAAUUCAGCUUAAAGAUCACAUCGACAGGACCAAGAAGAAGAGGGGAGAGAGAGAUGAGACUGAAUACGAAUACAGUGGAAGUGAAGAGGAGGAAGAAGAGCGAGAUAUAGGAGAGCCGAGCUCCAUCAUAAACAUCCCGGGUGAGUCGACCCUGAGGCGGGACUUCCUGCGCCUACAACUGGCCAAUAAAGAGCGCUCCGAGGCACUGAGGAGACAACAGCUAGAACAGCAACAGAAUGAGGAACACAAGCGGCAACUUUUGGCAGAGAGACAGAAACGAAUCGAGGAGCAAAAGGAGCAAAGGAGAAGACUGGAGGAGCAACAGCGACGGGAUAGGGAGCUCCGAAAACAGCAGGAGAGAGAGCAGAGGAGGCGUUAUGAAGAAAUGGAGCAGCUAAGGAGAGAGGAGGAGCGAAGGCAUGCCGAGAGAGAGCAGGAGUAUAUUCGUCGGCAAUUAGAGGAGGAACAGAGGCAGCUAGAGAUCCUACAACAGCAGCUCCUCCAAGAACAGGCUCUCCUCCUGGAAUAUAAGAGGAAGCAGUUGGAGGAGCAGCGACAGGCCGAGCGGUUGCAGCGACAGUUGCAGCAGGAGCGGGCGUACCUCGUUUCACUGCAACAACAGCAGCAAGAGCCACGGCCCGCUGACAAAAAACAACUGUACCACUACAAAGACUCAGUCAAUCCCAGUGACAAACCAGCCUGGGCCAAAGAGGUCAUGAAGAGAGCUGAGGGUAACUCCCCUCGAAUCCCUCCCAAGAAGCACCAUUCAUUUAACCAACCCGGAGAUAAGCGUGUCGACCAGCUCCCCCAACUUGACCAGAUCCCCCCUUAUCAGCCUUCCAGGCCUCCCUCCUUUCCAGCAGCGUCUUCUUCUCAAUCCCGAGAGAUGGAGAUGGCUGGGGUUCAGCUCAGGCUGGUCAGCGGGCCUAAUUUUCCCAGAAUCCGCGUGUCCUGUGAACCAGACCCGUCCGAGCUAGCUCGGCUGGCCCAGCAGCUCCACGACAAAGAGUCCAGAGGCAACAGUCCUGGCCGACCCAACAAAGGGCUUGAUAAAGAAAGAGAUAUUAUUGUCUCAAAGGUUGAAGAACGUUCCAAGAUGAACCGACAGAGUUCUCCAGCUCUUCAGCACAAAGUGGCCAAUCGGAUUUCCGAUCCAUCCCUACCCCCACGCUCCGAGUCCUUUAGCAGUGGAGGCAUACAGCAGGCCCGAACGCCCCCAAUGCACCGCACGGUAGAACCUCAGAUGGCACACCUUGUUUCGGUGAAGUCUCAUGGCUCCUCAAUGACUGGAUCUCAAUCGCUCCACGAUCAAUCAUCUCAGGGCGUCUCAGGCUUCCAGGAGGGUGUGUCUCCGCACCGUCCCCCGAUGCCCCGUCAGAACUCUGACCCCACGUCAGAAACCCCAGCUCCACCACCUCGCAUCACCAGUCGAGAUGAGAAGUUUGACCGCAGCUCCUGGCUGAGACAGGAAGAUGAUGUCCCACCAAAGGUCCCUCAAAGGACCACCUCCAUAUCACCUGCACUGGUGAGGAAAAAUUCCCCAGGUAAUGGGCCUGGUGGACUGGGGCCAAGAACCGGCGCACAUCUGAUCCGAGCUAGUAACCCAGACCUGCGGAUUCCCAUCGAGUCGGCCCUCCCGAGAACCAGCAGUGGGAGUUCAUCCAGCUCCAGUACGCCCAGUUCUCAGGGUGGCUCCAGUGAGAGGAACCGGUUGGGAGGGUCUGGAAAGCCUGAAGGAUCUCCAGCGGUGUCCCAGGAGUCCAAGGCUAAAACCCAAGAGGAGAACAGGGAGGUGACCAGACCCAGCCGACCAGCGGACCUCACUGCUCUGGCCAAAGAACUCCGAGAGCUUCGAACCAAUGAAGACACCAAUCGCCCACCCAGGAAGGUGACCGAUUACUCGUCGUCCAGUGAUGAUUCAGAGAGCAGCGAGGAAGAGGAUGGAGAAGGCGGGGCCCACGAUGGGACAGUGCCAGUUAGCGAUAUUCCUCGUAUCAUGCCUUCUGCUGGCCAGAGUGGCAAUGACUCAUUGGGCAACCAGGAAGAUUUUCAUCCCAAUGAUUCAUUUGGCAAAAAUUCACAAGAUAGCUCCCUGAUGAUGCGAGAGAAGCUUGGGGAAAGAAAGCUCGGUCAUGCCGAGCGCAAUGGUUUCCCCGGUAACUUCAAUCUGCCUGAUCUAGUACGGCAAAGCCACUCCCCCUCGGCCACGCCUGGCACUGGGCGGCAAUCUAGUGGGCAGGACCUGGACUCUGUGGCUGAAUUUGGGAUGGGGAGCGGAUCCAAAGCCUCCUUCACUCCUUUUGUGGACCCAAGAGUGUAUCAGACAUCCCCAGAUGAUGAAGAUAACCCUGCCUCAGCUCAUUUUGCGGAUGAACUCCAGCGGCACGAGCAGGAACAGGAACAAGCUCGGCUGAACGAGGCACGGAAAAUUUCCGUCGUCAACGUCAAUCCCACCAAUAUCCGGCCCCACACCGACACCCCGGAAAUUCGCAAGUACAAGAAGCGUUUCAACUCCGAGAUCCUAUGUGCGGCAUUGUGGGGUGUAAAUUUGCUGGUAGGAACGGAGAAUGGACUUAUGUUUUUAGAUCGCAGUGGACAGGGGAAAGUCUACAAUCUGAUCAGCCGUCGACGCUUUCAGCAGAUGGAUGUGCUGGAGGGUCUCAAUGUCCUGGUCACGAUAUCUGGUAAAAAGAAUAAACUGAGGGUCUAUUAUCUGUCAUGGCUCAGAAACAGGAUACUUCACAAUGACCCCGAGGUUGAGAAAAAACAAGGCUGGAUUACGGUUGGGGACCUCGAGGGGUGUGUCCACUAUAAAGUUGUCAAAUAUGAGAGGAUUAAGUUCUUGGUGAUUGCUUUGAAAAAUUCAGUGGAGAUUUACGCCUGGGCUCCAAAACCCUACCACAAAUUUAUGGCUUUCAAGUCUUUUACAGAUCUACAGCACAAGCCCCAGCUGGUUGACCUUACGGUGGAAGAGGGCCAGAGGUUAAAGGUCAUCUACGGCUCCAGCGUCGGUUUUCACGUGAUAGAUGUCGAUUCCGGGAACCCGUAUGAUAUCUACAUUCCGUCCCACAUUCAGGGCAGUGUUUCCCCUCACGCCAUUGUGGUGCUUCCCAAGACCGACGGUAUGGAGAUGCUUCUGUGCUAUGAAGAUGAGGGGGUCUAUGUGAACACAUACGGCAGAAUCACUAAAGACGUGGUGCUCCAGUGGGGAGAGAUGCCCACCUCUGUUGCUUACAUCCACUCCAACCAGAUCAUGGGCUGGGGAGAGAAAGCCAUUGAGAUCCGCUCCGUGGAAACGGGACACCUCGACGGAGUUUUCAUGCACAAGCGAGCUCAGCGACUAAAGUUCCUUUCAGAGAGAAACGAUAAAGUGUUCUUUGCCUCGGUCAGAUCAGGAGGCAGCAGCCAAGUUUUCUUCAUGACCUUGAACAGAAACUCCAUGAUGAAUUGGUAAUUCAUCCACGCCCUUCCCUGCAUUGUAUCCGUGGACCUUUUCUGCUUUAUUGAAAAGUGUGAAAAAAGGAAAGACAGGCAGAAAAUCCAGGUGUGCCAGACACAAUACGGCAAGCAGAACAAAACUUUCCCGGGUCCUUCCCAGAAGAGUCAAAGACGGAUCAAACCCAACUCCACAGCCAAAAUCUGGACGCCUCCACGAACAGCAAAGAGGCUCCAGAGAAGAACAACCGGUCUGCGUUAUUUUUUAUGGCUCUUUUGUUGAUGUACGUGGGGUCCUAAUGUUUUUGUCAUUGCAAAUAUGUAUCUAGAUUCUUCUGGAGACGAUUAGUAAAAGACUGGAAUUAUGGGAUUCAGAAGAAGCAAACAAUUUGUACUGUUAAGACACUUUUGACACAAUUUAUCACCAACGCUGGUGAAACUUCCCCAGUGGGUUGUGAUUUGUGUGUUCGAAUAUUUACACCCCAGACUUUUGUGGGCAUAUUUCAUCCACACUUUGCUUUUUAAAACAAAACACAAUCUUUUUCAUGUUUCAGCUCGGAAUGCACACGGAUGUUUGUGACGUCGGCCUAAUGUGUGAAUUUAAGACUUGUAUGAUACUUGAUUCAUGACUACAUUAUAUUGGAGCAGACACACCUUGGGCUGUACACAAAAUGCCUUAAAUAUGAAUUUAAAUGCUGCUCGAUUUUAUUUUGAUGUUUGUGCGUAUUUCUGUAAAAAAGGGAAAAUACGAUAAUUGAUGCCUGUCGAUAAGGACGUAUAAUGGAAAUAUGCAUGGUCUACUCUGAUCCUAAACAUUAAUAAUGUGCAUUCCUAGUUCAUUUUCAAAGGUCUGUAGUAUUUAAGAUCAACCUGCACUGUAAAAAGUGUUAGAUCAACUUAAAAAUUACUUCAAUUGGUAACACCUAAAAAAUUUAGUUUUUUUUCAACUUGUAUAUUUAAGUGAAAAAUACUUUAAGUAAAAAUUUAAGGUGUUACCCUUUAAAAUAAUUUUUUAAGUUAAGAUCCAACUUUUUACAGUGUGUGAUCAGGCACUGUUUUUUGUGCUCAGGGAAAUGGUGCUUCUCAGACCUUACACAAUGAAACUUUGUGGGGCACUCUUAGCGUUUAAGAGUUGCAAAAUGCAUUGUUGUGUAUUGCAGGUUAACCUCUUUAAUGAUCCUAUAAGAGACAUUUUUGAUGUUGGAGUGAAUCUAAACUGCAGGAAUGACUUUUUAUCGAAAUCACAGUGCAGCGUAACGCAGACCAAGCACUUGAUCUUUAAAUACUACAGAGUUUUGUACUGAAACAUCAAAAAGUCAAGUACAUUAAUAUUUCACAAUAGCUGUGUUAGACUGUGUGCACUAUGUAUGUGUAGAUAUGUGCAUAUGAAUGAAUGAAUGAUGUAAAGCGUUCCACUAACAUUACAAAAAAGUGUAGUUGUGUUAUCAUCAACAUACCAGCAGUCUGUAAUUGUUGAGGAAGGGGGUGAAACGCCCCUCCACGUGUCAUUUAGAUAAGAAUGUGCUGCGGUUUUGACGUUUAUGUUCGCACAACUCUCAGCAAAGUGCAAUAAAGGCCAAGGGAAUAGAGACGUGGUGAGUAAAGCCCUCACUUUUCCUCAAAUUAAGGAUCUUUAAUCUCCUACUAUAUAUAUAUAUAUAUAGAGGGACGUUCAACAACACUCUCUGUAAAUAUCCUGCCUCUGAAAUGAAUGCAUUUGAAACUG